AGUACAACCCACGUUUUGUGAACUUUCUAUUAAUAGUAUGUUUCAAAGAAAGGUCGAUGUUGGCCCUUCCGACCCCUUCAACAUCGCCAACACCAAGAAUGCGCCUCAUGAGACGCUCAAGCGCUGGAGGCAAGCAGCGCUUGUGCUUAAUGCUUCUCGUCGAUUUCGUUAUACUUUGGACUUGAGAAAGGAAGAAGAGAAGGAGCAAAGGAGAAGGAUGGUUAGAACCCAUGCACAAGUCAUAAGGGCAGCAUUUCUCUUCAGAUUGGCUGGAGAACAACAAACUGAUACACCCAUUGCAUCUCCAACUACUUGUGGUGAUUAUACAAUUGGAGUAGAACAACUUGCUUCGAUGACUAGAAAUCAUAAUAUUUCUUCUCUACAACAAUAUGGUGGGGUUAAAGGGUUGUCAGGUUUGUUGAGAACAAAUCUAGAGACAGGAAUUAAUGGGGAUGAUACUGAUUUGCUUAAGCGGAGGGAUGCAUUUGGAUCAAAUACAUAUCCUCAGAAGAAAGGACGGAGUUUCUGGACAUUCCUUUGGGAAGCGUGGCAAGAUUUAACCCUUACCAUAUUGAUUAUAGCCGCAGCAGUUUCAUUGGUAUUGGGAAUACAAACAGAGGGUUUGAAGGAAGGAUGGUAUGAUGGGGGAAGCAUUUUUUUUGCUGUUAUUCUUGUUAUAGUUGUUACAGCUACCAGUGAUUAUCGUCAAUCUCUUCAGUUUCAAAAUCUAAAUGAGGAAAAGCGAAAUAUACAACUAGAGGUCAUGAGAGGUGGUAGAACAAUAAAGGUGUCCUUAUAUGAUAUUGUAGUUGGUGAUGUCGUACCUCUUAAAAUAGGUGAUCAGGUCCCAGCUGAUGGAAUCUUAAUUUCUGGCCAUUCUCUUGCAAUUGAUGAGUCUAGCAUGACUGGUGAAAGCAAGAUUGUAAACAAGGAUCAGAAAGAACCAUUUUUGAUGUCUGGCUGCAAAGUAGCGGAUGGUGUUGGUACUAUGCUGGUGACUGGUGCUGGUAUCAAUACUGAAUGGGGACUGUUGAUGGCAAGCAUAUCGGAGGAUACCGGUGAAGAGACCCCCUUGCAGGUACGCUUGAACGGAGUUGCAACUUUUAUAGGCAUAGUUGGGCUUUCCGUUGCUGUUUCUGUGCUUGUUGUCCUUUUGGCCAGAUACUUUACUGGACACACGAGAGAUCCAAGUGGAAAAGUUCAGUUUGUCAAAGGCGAGACUAGCAUUAGUGAGGCAAUAAAUGGGGUUGUUAAAAUUUUUACCAUUGCAGUAACCAUUGUGGUUGUUGCAGUGCCUGAGGGCCUUCCUUUGGCUGUUACAUUGACUCUGGCUUACUCAAUGCGAAAGAUGAUGGCAGAUAAAGCACUGGUGCGCAGGCUUUCAGCUUGUGAAACCAUGGGUUCUGCAACCACAAUUUGCAGCGACAAGACUGGGACAUUAACUCUGAAUCAGAUGACAGUUGUUGAGGCUUAUGUUGGGAGGAAGAAGAUAAAUCUACCUGCUGACUUCUCACAGUUGCAUCCAUCAGUAGUGUCUCUGUUGAAUGAGGGGAUUGCACAAAACAGCGCAGGCAACGUUUUUGUGCCGAAGGAUGGUGGGGAUGUAGAGGUUUCUGGAUCUCCCACAGAAAAAGCUAUACUUUCUUGGGCAGUAAAGCUUGGCAUGAAGUUUGAUGUUGCCAGAGCAGAGUCUACUGUUAUUCAUGCUAUCCCUUUCAACUCAGAGAAAAAGCGAGGUGGUGUUGCUGUUAAACGGCCCGAUUCUGUAGUUCAUAUACACUGGAAGGGUGCAGCUGAGAUGAUGUUAGCCUCAUGUACAGGAUAUCUUGAUUCAAAUGGUUGCUUGCAAUCCAUUGAUGAAGAUAAGGAUUUUUUCAAGGGUGCUAUUGAUGCCAUGGCUGCAUGUAGCCUACGUUGUGUUGCCAUUGCAUACCGAUUGUAUGAAAAAGAGAAAGUUCCUAGUGAUGAAGAGAGCUUGAAUCACUGGGUGUUACCCAAGGAUAACCUUGUUUUACUUGCAAUUGUUGGCAUUAAGGAUCCUUGUCGCCCAGGCGUCAAAGAAGCAGUGAAAAUAUGCAUGGAUGCUGGUGUUAAGGUGCGCAUGGUCACUGGAGACAAUCUUCAAACAGCGAAAGCAAUAGCUUUAGAAUGUGGGAUUCUUUGUUCUGAAGAAGAUGCUAUAGAUCCUAUAAUAAUUGAAGGAAGAGUGUUCCGUGCACUAUCUGAAAAUGAAAGGGAACAAGUUGCAAAGAAAAUAACGGUGAUGGGAAGGUCUUCUCCUAGUGACAAGCUUUUACUUGUGCAAGCACUUAGGAAGGGCGGAGAUGUUGUUGCAGUAACUGGAGAUGGUACUAAUGAUGCUCCUGCACUGCAUGAGGCAGAUAUAGGUCUUUCAAUGGGCAUUCAAGGAACUGAAGUCGCAAAAGAAAGUUCAGAUAUUAUUAUCUUGGAUGAUAACCUUGCUUCAGUUGUAAAGGUUGUUCGUUGGGGGCGUUCUGUCUAUGCUAAUAUUCAGAAAUUUAUACAAUUCCAACUUACUGUUAAUGUUGCUGCUCUUGUAAUCAAUGUUGUGGCAGCAGUGUCUUCUGGUGAUGUCCCUUUAAAUUCAGUGCAGUUACUAUGGGUUAACCUGAUUAUGGAUACUCUUGGAGCACUUGCAUUGGCUACUGAACCACCAACAGAUCACCUUAUGCAUAGAUCACCAGUUGGCCGUAGGGAACCCCUUAUAACAAACAUCAUGUGGAGGAACUUAAUCAUACAGGCUCUUUAUCAAAUUACUAUCCUUCUCGUUCUCAACUUUGGGGGCCUGUCCAUUCUUCAUUUGACACAUGAUGCUAGGGCACAUGCAGUUGAAGUGAAGAAUACGUUGAUAUUCAAUGCCUUUGUCAUGUGUCAAAUUUUCAAUGAGUUUAACUCUAGAAAGCCUGAUGAAGUCAACAUCUUCAGAGGAGUGACUAGAAACUACCUUUUUAUGGGAAUAGUUGGAUUCACCUUUGUACUUCAGAUAAUCAUCAUUCAGUUUCUUGGAAAGUUUACCUCAACAGUGCGACUUGACUGGAAGCUAUGGCUUGCAUCUCUGGGCAUUGGCUUUUUCAGCUGGCCUCUUGCAGUAGUUGGAAAAUUAAUUCCUGUUCCUAACUCUCCAUUUGGUGUGUGCUUGAUCAAGCCAUGUGGGCGAUGUGUUAGAGAUCGAACUGAUACUUCCAACAAUAAGCGAGUUUGAUGCCUGUGAUAUGUAAUAAAAACUGACAAAUGAAGCGCAAAGGCCAUGCUACUAACCUGUUCACACAUCAUUUGUGGACAAUUAUUUCCUAUUCUAACAUAUGUAAUGUUUAAAUAUUAUAAUUCUAAAUUAAAUCAUUAAUGUCAACAAUUUAAUUUUUUCCUUGUUGGAAUGAUUUAGUUAGAUCCACACUGGAGUUGAUAGUUUUUCUUGUGAACUUGUGGGAUAGAGAUUGACAAUUUGGCGUCCUUUUGUGAACUUUAAGACCCUGUAUUUAUAAAUAUUUUACAUUAAUGGUGCACCUGAGCUUGUGGCUCAAUUGUAAGCUACACGUUUCUAAGCCUAAAGUUUUUUGAAUUCCCCCUUCCCAUAUAUGGCAGAAAAUUGUUCUGUUGUUUGGUUUCUAGAAAAGAAAAUCAUUCCAAUUGUAUUGUGAUGUUUGCUGAACAGAAUAUCGCAAGGUACCUCUAUCCUUUCAUUCAAAUUAAAGUUUGCAUUUUUCUUUCAACAGCGUAUGGUUGGGUGAAUGGCAUUGCAUUUGGCCUAGCUGUAGUUUUUGUAGCUUUAGCUUCUAAUCAUUAGGAACUGAAAACAGCUUUUAGAAAAGCCAGAAGCACUUUUCAGAGAUUUUCAUUUGGACCGGACUUGAGAGAGCAAAAGCAUUGGAGUGUUGUAUAAGCAUAAUCAUUCUGUAAUUAUACGUUUUCGCUUUUGGCAACGUGUUAUGUCCUUACUGACACUUCUUUUAUUUCUUGUUUCUGCAGCAAGGUAUCCGAUGUGCUUCCAAACGAUCAGGAGGAAAACAUGGCAGCAUGGUGAGAAAUUAGAACAGGUCCUAAGAAGUUAACGUGGUGAGAUUUUAAUGGUAAAGGAAUACAUUAUAUCUGGAGUAAAUAACUAAAAAAGAAAAAGUAUAUAUAUGUAAUAUUUAACGUUCCCAUUCUUCCUACCCACUUAUAGUGUCAUGAGAAAGCUAGCUAUCAAGUUGGUGAA